CGCACACACAUCCACACUCCUCGCCGGGCAGCCUCUCUCCCGCCCUCUUCCCCCUUCCCCUCUCCCUGCAGCCGCGUCCCCACUGCGCCGCCCGGGCAGCCCAGAGCGCGGCGCGCAAGGGCACGGGAGCCAGGGGCCGCGCACCUCGGGGCCGCGGCGGGCCCGGGUCCAGGCUCGCACCGGCGCUCUCCAGCCGCGACCCAGCUCAGAGCAGCCGACAUCCCGAGCCCGGCCCCCUCCACGCAUCCCGCCCCCCUCGGCCCGGAUCGAGGAUGGGAACCCCGGGCCAGCCCCAAAGUCGCCACUCAACUUUGUAAAGACACGAUUGGAUUGCGUUGGUGCGGAGCGGGGACGGCGAGCUGAUGCGGAGAGUCGGCCCGCUGCCCUGCCUCCUCCUCCUCCUCCCUGGGCCGUCGCAGCCUCGCGCGUGCACACACACCGCCCCCGGGCCUUUCCGCGCUCCGGCCGCGCGGACUUGGAUGCGACUUUGCGUUUCCGAGGGAGGCAGAGCCCGCGUGGGGCGCCGAGGGGUUCGGUCCCCCCCACCCACUCGUCACCAGGGCUGUCACGCAAGGGCUGGCCCGGAGAAGGGACCCGCGCGCCCAGCUUUGUUGUGGAAAUCCGGUUACCUGACUUCCCACCUAUCCCAUGGCUAAGUUACCUGACUUGCCUUGAAGGACUCGACAGUGCCACUGGACCUAGAUGAGCGUGGCCUCCGGGCUUUCAGAAUGAGUGGACGGUCAUGUGGCAUGAAUCUCCACCGCACAGCAAGAACCCCACAGGGGCCCGGGCUACUCACCGGUCAGCCUAUUCCUCCCAUCAGAGCCCACUCGGCCACUCCCGGCCCCUCCUCCUGUGCCAGCACACCGAGUCCCUCUACUGGAAAUCUCGCUAACAGCCUUCAGCUCAAGAUGUCCUCCGGAGCAGGGAUGGCUCCUCAGAGCAACAUGGCCGCAAGCCCCAUCCACCUGCCUGCCCUGAGCCCCAGGAGACAGUUACUCGCCAAUGGGAAGCCUCAGUUUCAGGUCACUCAGGCCGGUGGCAUGGCAGCAUCACUUACUGUAAAGCCCAAGCAACAAGAAUUUGGAGACCCCUUUUCUCCAAAUCCUGAGAAAGGGGCUCUUGGCUUUGGGCCUCAGUGCAAGUCCAUUGGAAAAGGCAGCUGCAACAAUCUAGUGGUCACCAGCAGUCCCAUGAUGGUUCAGCGACUGGGACCCAUUUCACCUCCAGCAAGCCAGGUCUCCACAGCAUGCAAGCAGAUCAGUCCUAGCUUACCGAGGGCAGUGAACGCAGCCAGCCUGAAUAGACCUCCUUCAGAUACCAGGUCCGUUAUUUUGCAAGAGUCUCUGGUCUCCACGACGCUGAGUCUGACAGAGAGCCAGUCAGCGCUAAGCGUGAAGCAGGAGUGGUCUCAGAGCUACAGGGCUUUCCCUUCACUUUCAUCCAGCCACAGCUCUCAGAAUGGCAUGGACCUAGGGGACCUCCUUAGCUUGCCUCCGGGCACACCAGUGCCUGGCAACAGCGUCUCGAACUCGUUGCCGCCCUACCUUUUUGGCAUGGAAAACAGCCACUCUCCUUAUCCUAGCCCUCGGCACUCAGCAACCAGGUCUCACUCCACCCGCUCCAAGAAGCGAGCGCUGUCCUUGUCCCCUCUGUCUGAUGGCAUCGGGAUUGACUUCAAUACUAUCAUCCGCACUUCGCCCACAUCCUUGGUUGCUUACAUCAAUGGAUCAAGAGCCUCCCCGGCCAGUAUGUCACCACAGUCAGAGGUCUAUGGGCAUUUCCUGGGUGUUCGCGGCAGCUGCAUCCCCCAGUCUUGUGCAGCGUCCAGCGGGCAGAAGGGUGUGCUGGUAGCCAGCGGAGGACAUACGCUGCCGGGCUAUGGCGAAGACGGUACACUGGAGUACGAACGCAUGCAGCAGUUGGAACAUGGUGGCCUGCAGCCUGGACCCGUAAACAACAUGGUGAUGCAGCCUGGUCUGCCGGGGCCGGAGGGCCAGACAGCCAACGUGCUCAAAACGGAGCGUCUGGAGGAGUUCCCGGGCAGUGCCGUGGACCUGCCCCCCGCGCCGCCUCUCCCUCCUCUUCCCCCGCCUCAGGGCCCUCCACCCCCCUACCAUGCCCACCCGCACCUUCAUCACCCAGAGCUCCUGCCUCACACCCAGUCUCUGGCCCUGGCCCAGGCCGGCCUGGAUGAGGACGGGGAGAUGGAGGACUCCGGGGGAAAGCACUGCUGUCGUUGGAUAGACUGCAGUGCCCUGUACGACCAGCAGGAGGAACUGGUGAGGCACAUCGAGAAGGUCCACAUCGACCAACGCAAGGGGGAAGACUUCACCUGCUUCUGGACCGGCUGCCCUAGAAGGUACAAGCCCUUCAACGCCCGCUAUAAACUGCUGAUCCACAUGAGGGUCCACUCCGGGGAGAAGCCCAACAAGUGUACGUUUGAAGGCUGCAAGAAGGCUUUUUCAAGGCUGGAGAACCUCAAGAUUCACUUGAGGAGCCACACGGGCGAGAAGCCAUACCUGUGCCAGCACCCAGGCUGCCAGAAGGCUUUCAGCAACUCCAGCGACCGUGCCAAGCACCAGAGGACGCAUCUUGACACUAAACCUUAUGCUUGUCAAAUUCCAGGAUGUACAAAACGCUACACCGAUCCAAGCUCCCUAAGAAAGCACGUGAAGGCACAUUCUUCCAAAGAGCAACAAGCAAGGAAAAAGCUACGGUCUAGCACUGAGCUCCAUCCGGAUCUCCUCACAGACUGCCUGGCAGUGCAGCCCCUGCAGCCAGCCGCUUCCCCCAGAGAUGCUGCCGCCACCGAUGGCACUGUGGGACACUCCCCGGGGCCAGGGCCUGGACCUGAGCUCUAUCCAGCUCCCAUUUUCGCCAGCAAUCAUUCAACCCGAAGUGGAGCAGCUGCUGGGGCCGUGCCACCCCCACAUCCUGUCAGUCACCCUUCUCCGGGACAUAAUGUACAGGGGAGCCCGCACAACCCCUCCUCCCAGUUACCUCCCCUCACAGCUGUGGAUGCAGGCACCGAGAGGUUUGCACCUCCGACUCCGUCUCCUCACCACAUCAGCCCGGGAAGGGUUCCAGCCCCUCCAUCACUGCUACAGAGAGCACAGCCUCCCCACACCCAGCAGCCACCAGGCUCCCUCCUCAAGUCCUACCAGCCAGAAACAGACUCUCCUUUUCAGUCAAAUGGUAUCCACGUCCAUGGAUUUUAUGGCCAGCUGCAGACAUUCUGCCCUCCGCAUUAUCCUGACUCCCAGAGAACUGUGCCACCCAGCAGCUCCUGCAGUAUGGUGCCUUCCUUUGAGGACUGCCUGGUCCCCACAUCCAUGGGUCAGGCAGGGUUUGAUGUUUUCCAUAGAGCCUUCUCAACACACUCAGGCAUUACAGUGUAUGACUUGCCUUCAGCUUCGUCAAGCCUCUUUGGGGAAUCUCUUCGCAGCGGCCCUGAAGAUCCCACGUUCUUGCAGCUCAGCGCUGUGGAUCGCUGUCCUAGCCAGCUCUCCUCUGUGUACACCGAAGGCUGAAAGGUCCCUGGGUCCCUCCAGCACAGCCAGGAUCUUUAAGUCACUCGUCACCUCUAAUUUUCAAGACUCUCACAAGCUGUGUGAAGAAUGUCAACCAAAUCCAUGGAGCCAGUAGGGUCACUAGGUCUGUGGAAGGCAGGACUGGAUGGUCAGGUCUGGCUUUUGGGAAUGCUUGCACCUUUUCUGUUUUCCCUCCGUUUGCUGGGCCAGGUGACCAGCACGAAUUUCUGUUGAAAGGGAAUUUAGAGUUACUUCCUGGCUUUCAGCUCUCAACAGACACUAGUGAACAUGCACAUGAACUGGAUGAUCCUUGCUGAAGAGUCAAAGAGAGGAAGACAGCCUCGUUACCAGAGACAUAAUGUGCUGCCUCACCCGUGUUUUCUCUCAUGACUGAAUGAUGCACAGCCAUGAACGGUGAGGGCAGUCUUAUGCCCGAAGCAUGGUGUGGCUUGGACUCUCUCAAACUGGCUUUUCCCAUUUGUCUUACCUAGCCUGUGCUUCUCAGUUGCGCCUCCAGUGACAAAAUAAGGUCUUCUAUUUGGCAACCUACUUUGUUUUUGAACUUUAAAGACCUGUUAUUUACAUCUGCUUUCAAAGGAAAAAUAUUUAAAGGUUUGUUCUGUUGGUAGAAGUCAUUACCAUUUUAAUCACCCCCAGAUACAUAUCACGGCUAUACCUCUUCCUGGCCUAGCUUUGCAGUUUAGCAAAGGUUAUCUGUGGGAAACAAGAUGAUCAAAACACAGGCACACACACAGGCACACAUGCACACAUGUGUCCGCCUCCAGGACUAUGGCAAGAACCCUCAUAUGUUGAGUGUGGUGGUGUACACCUUUACCCCCAGCACAAGGAAGGCACUUGAAGCUAGCCUGGUCUACACAGUGAGUUCCAGACCAGUCAGAGCUACAUAAUAAAACCGUGUCUCAAGAAAAACUACUCUCAUGUAUUGAUGGCUCUGUAAUUGACCUUGAAAACCUUUUCACUGGAACGGUUCAUGCAUUGCUCUGGUGCUCUGCCUGGGACAGACCAGGAAACGGAAGAGCUGGCACCCAUGGAGUUGUGUGGAGUGUUCCAAGGGCACCUGUUGCCCAGUUAUUUUUUGUGGCUUCUGCCCAGUUCCUUGAAAGGAUCCACUCACCUGUGUGUCUCCUCUAUAUGGCUUUCUCUGCUUUUAUACAUUUUUUUUCUUCCUCACUGUGGCUCAGACGUGGCAAUCAUUCACCAGAUUUUAUCAGCUCUUGGGAAAGAUUCAGGGAUGUGCAAAAAGUACACAUCUCAGCUUUUCAAAAAUGAGACUAAUGUCUAUGGAUUUUUCAAGAUGGUUUUCAAGAAAGAGACAUUUUUCAAGAAAGAGACAUUUUGGAACUCUGCUUAAAAGGCCUGGGAUUUUUCACAUAACAUAAAACCAUUUAUUUUUUUUUUAUGAUUAGCCUAAACAAGACCUCAUUUCCUGGUGACACUUUUAGAGAAACACUUUUAAAAAGACCCUAUGUUCUAGGACAAAUGCUACACAAAUAGGCCAUACUCCAAAAACUUGGCCAGCUCCAACAAUCAUGUUUUAGGACUUUACUUUUUCUCUUCUUCUUCUUCUUCUUCUUCUUCUUCUUCUUCUUCUUCUUCUUCUUCUUCUUCUUCUUUCUUCUUUCUUCUUUCUUCUUUCUUCUUUCUUCUUUCUUCUUUCUUCUUUCUUCUUUUAAACAGAACUGAGGCCAAGUUCUUCAGAAACUGAGAUCAUCAUGAUGUUCAAUGACACAGUUAAACAGCUCAUGUCAGACCUCAGGUCCCUAGACUGCUCGUAUCCUAAUAGACAGAACUAUGAGUCUGGCCCCAAAUCAGCAGGCCUCCACUUCAUCCCAUGAUUUGCCCCAAGAUGCCGCUAAAUGGGGUUGAUUAAAGAACCGAGUGUGGGUUAUCUUCUUACGCACAUUGUUUGGUCUGGUGUUGCUGAAGAGGCCAUGCCCUUAGGGGAAGCCAUAAUGUAAGCAUCUGAGUCACAAGGCUUUGGAUUCUCUUUGGUCUUCUGAGCUUUAAGGGCUUCCUCUGCAGGUGAGCACUCAGGCUGCUAGGAACUACCAGCCUUCUAGACCUUGUGGGUUGCUGCGCUUGGUCUAAGCAUGAACACACAUGCAUCAACACUGCUUGAUUAAAAACAACCCUCAUUUGACCCCUGUCACACUCUAGAAAGAACGGAGACCCCACUCUUACGGAUUUAUUUAAGUAGGAGGAGAGUCAUGGCAAGCAGUGCACCACAGGACCGUGACAGACAGCUCUUCCAGUGGUGGAGAUGUGAGGCUUUGUGAGCCAGGAUCUGGACUUGUGGCCAUUCUCCACAUGGCACUGUUCCUGUUCUGGGUCACCUAGGUAGGAGGGAACCAAGGAGGAUCUGGUGUCAGCAGGGUCACUAGGUCAGACCUCCAGGCCCGACUCACAACCCCAAAGAGAUAUCCUUGCUGUCAGGGAAAAAAAAAAAGUGUGCCUGGAGCCAGGCCCAGUGCAGCCUGUCAGAGGCCCUCCAGUGUGUUCUGGUCUGGGAAUGGCCUAGCGACAUGGCACAUUCAGGGUCCUUCAGAGUCCUUCAGAUUGCACAAGCUGUCUGUCCUUGCUUUGGCCUUUUGGGUCCAUCAGUAUUUUGAAACAGUGAAGUCAGAACUCAGAAACAUAAAUUAUUCCCUUCUGUUUCUAGGCCCUUUCUGUCCUGAUGAGCAACAAUUCUCAUAUACAUCCAAAUGGAAUCAUCAUUCCCCUUUAAAAACAAAAAAUGCAAACAACAACAAUAAAAACUAGUGCUCCUGAAAACACACAAAGCCAAUUAUCCUAUUACGCAAAAAAGAUCAGUCUACCUAGAGACAUUUCAUUCUUCAUCCAUUGCAGUAACUUUCUAAAGAGACAACAUCAAACUACCGUUUGGAGUUUGCCCUCUUACCAGCACUUAAGAACUGCUUAAAUAUUUCCCGGCCCUGUGAGCGAUGGUCCCUCACAUGGGUCUCCACCCCAUGGCCCAGGUGAGUGACUGAUAACCAAGGUACUAUGUGAUAUCGUCCAUCAGAAACCUUGUUUUUCACUUAAGAAUCGGUCCUCAAGAGACCCAACUGCCAAAAGCACUAGUUCACUUAAACAAGCUCAGAACAGGGCUAACCAGUCUCCCUGUCACAAACUCUUCCCCACAACGCACAGAUACACCCUUAAUGCCUGGAAGUAUUGAUAGUGUUCAGUUUUAUUAUUUGGUGUUUGAUUAGAUUUGACUGUGUAGACCAAUGUUGUUAUUGCUGUGGAUAAAGUAACAGAGACAGGGAGAAAGAAAGAAACAAACUCGUUGGAUGCAACGGUGAGUGUAAAAGUGGAGAGAUUUAUUUUAUACAGAUAGAGAAGCCUCCUCUGCAACGUUGCUGACAUAAAGCACUUUGGGGGAAACAAAAGUGGAAAUGUGUUUUCCAUAAAUCACACAGGCCCUCGUACAUUGUUAUAUAUGCUCACGUAGAGAAACAGGCUACGUAUAUCAUCCUGGAUAUGGGCCGGUUUGACUGUAGAGGCACAUGUGGUGCUUAUUGUCGUAAAUCUUUUAAGGAAUUAGGUACACUUUUUUUUUCUAUUAAUAUGUAUAGUUUUGCGAUUUGUCACAGUUAUGUUUCAUAUAAUCGUAAGUUAUUUUGUCUUGUUUCAUGAAGUCCUUUUUUAUGUCAAAAGUGAAAUGAAGGGAUUGUGUACUUGGCACAGAAUAAAACUGGAAAUAGAGGGUGCCCCUCCGGCCUAAAGCACUCCUUCAGCGCGUCACUUUGAAACACAGCGGCAUCCAGUGUUGUUUGUUUGUUUGUUUUAUUGUUCUGUUUUGUUCUGUCACCAGCCCCCUCUGUAUUGGGGAUGGUAAUUAUAAUUAAGAGCAGAUGGGGGUGGGGGUUCCAAGGCCAGCUUUAAAAUGCCGCAUCGCUUUGGGCCAGAACUGAAGCCUGGAUUUAAUUAUAGAUAUGAGGACGAAAUGGCAGUAAAAAUGAAUGUCUCCCCGAAUCCUUUACAUGUUGGGAGUGUCCAUAAAUAAAACAUGAAGUUUUAUUUCAUCA